AUGACCGCCGACGGUGAAGACGAUGGGACGAGGGUGAUGUCGAUGGGUGAUGGGGCAAUGGAGAUAGAGAUGGGCAAUGGCGAUGGCGAUGGCGAUGGGCGGGCUAAGGGGGUCGACGACUUAAUCGCGAUGGCGUUGGGGCAAACGAGCGUCGAAUCUGGCGGCUAUCCGGCGUAUGACUCGUGGUUGACGGCGGCAGUGCUAUGUGAUGGAAAUCGUGAAAAAAAUACUACAUAUGAUGAAAUUACGGCGAAUUUCGCUGCGGAAUACUUUGCGUCUUAUGCGGCUUCAGCCUCUUUCGGGUGUCAUAGGCUUCCAACCCCACCUUCUGGUAUUGUUCCGUGGCUCGAGCACAACAGCUCCCACCUGCAGCAAUUGAUAAACCCUAAUCCCCAAUUAUCUAUCAAUUUUCUCGAAGCAAUUGAUCUUGGCAGAGUCUCCAAGCAAUUAGUUUGGGCUUCCUCUCGUUCUACUGUGCAAGGGAAGGGGCAGCAACGUGGGCCUCGGCCCCUUGACAUUAACAAGAAGCUCCCAAUUGUGAAAUCCGUGAAGGAUUUUGAAGAUGAUGACAUCCCAUCUUCCACACGUAACUCCCAGAUACUCCGACUUGCUGCAGAGACUGAUAAUGAGGUACAGCAUGUACCAGGCAAGAAAGGUACUUCAGAAAUACCUACUCCCGAGUUUGUGAUUGUGGACACUUAUGAAAGGGAUUAUUCCCGUACCUUCUCCCAGACGACAUCAUACUUACGUGCGAGGGGAGCGCGGGCUGAAAUUGGAGAAUUUAUUGAGUAUGAUCUGGAUAACGAGGACGAAGAUUGGCUUCAAGACUUCAACAAAGAAAGACAAACUCUUGCUGCUGAGAAAUUAGAAACAAUUAUUUUUAAGUUGGAGGUUUUAGAUCAUAAAGCUCGCGAAAAAGCAGGUGUUAUAACUCCAACACUUGGCUCCCCUAUUCCGGUGCUUUUAACCUUUGAUGCUGCUGUUGAGGCCUUACAAGCUUUGUCCAUCAAAUAUGGAGUUUUCCAGUCUAUUUACAGUUACUGGAAGGAAAAGCGCGAACGAUGGCAAAAACCUGUCCUUCGACGUUUGCAGCCACCUCCACCAGUUAAUGACACAAAUCCUUACAAUGUCUUCAGACCAAGGGAGAAAGCUCAUAGGCUUCACACGAGAAGGAUGCAAAGAAGGGAAAACAACGUGCAAUCAUUUGAAAAGCUUCGCCAGGUCAGGCGCAACCUUGACCAAGCGAAGACCAUUCUCGAGGCUCUGAUCAAGAGAGAGGAGAAGAAACGAGAACUUAUUGAGAGUGAGGUCACCCUCCAAAGAGUUCAGUUGAAGUACAAGCAUGAAACCGAGCUCCUCGAGGACUCUUUGGCCUUACCUGGAAUGCCGUCCUUCCCAAGCAAGGCUGCGUCGAGUGAGGAGGAGUUAUUUGAUUCUGAUGAUGUGGCAAAUAGUCGACCACACAGUCGACAUUUUGUGGUGCGAAAUGAGUCGAAGCGGGUGAUGGUCCCUUCAGCAAAUGGUAGGCAGGAGGCAAGAAGGCGCGUUUCUCGUAGUUGGCUUCAUAAACUGGAUCCAGAUGAGCCAGUUCUGCUUUUCACAAAACCCUUACUUCCAGAUAAAUUAUCUGCUGCUGGAAUAAUUCCUCCAUCACCAGAUCCUUCAACGACCAAUGGCCUCCAAGCCCGCUUGUUUAACUUUCACGGGAGGAUCGGACGAGGGGGCCGAAUCGUGUUUGACCGAUGGAAUCCCCUAAUGCAAACCCCAGUCGAAUGUGGUGACACUUCAUAUGUCCCACCCAAACCACGGCAUUCAUCACAUCAUUGA